AUGGCACCCGAAGGAGCACGGCGCAAGGGUACUGACAAUCAGUAUCUUUUCGAUUUGGGAACGAGAGGACGGAAAACUGGUCUCACAGUCCCUGACACUGGCGUUCGAGAUGAAAAUGGAUUGGAGCCGAUGGAUCACUUGUUUUCGUCUCCUGAGAAGCCCAAAGAAGCAUCUGCGCGACGUGUGAAUGGCAACCGAAAGAAUGCAGAUAAGACAAUAUCGAGUGAGGCAGAUAUGGAUGUUGAUGAGAGCACUGUACCCGACCCUGCAGAUAUACUCACGGAACGAAAACGAGCAGCUGCGCGACUACCUCUUCCACGAUCCAAGUCGCCUAUCAAAACAUAUCUCAAAUCACCUGCACGAAGAAACCCAUCUCUUGGACCACUUUCCUCGCCAAUUCGAGGUUCGAUCGUGGAACCUAGGGUGGCUACAACGUCCGCUUCAGUUCGCAGAAGACUGGACUUCUCAAAUACUAGCUUUGAUAGUAAUGGAGACAGUGCAAUGACGAAUGGAUCACCUCAGAAGCGGGCAACUUCAGAGCUCCCAGCAAGGAGUGCAGCAAAACUUACCAAUGGCAAGCUACUUGCACCAUUCAGGCACGUCUCGUCCGACCACGCCGCCGAUGAUCGAGAUGAUACCGGAUUGGAGGAUAUCGGAUUCGUGAACGAAGGAGACUCGUUCCAGAUGGUCAACGGAGGGGAGGAGGAGGCUCCAGAAGGUGAGGAGGAAGAUAGUGAGGAGCAAGAGCCUGAACCACAGCCUGCGAAGAAGUCAAAGGGGAAAGAGAAGGCCGUUGAACUUUCUGCACCUGCCGCGAAACGUGGCAGACCUAAAAAGGCUGCACUCGAGUCAGUCAACGAAGAAGUAACUGAAGAAUCUGAAGCAGUACUGCCCAAGAAGCGUGGCCGACCAUCACUUGACGCUCCCAAAUCACCAAAGCGCAAGAUGGGUAGGCCGAAGAAGGUUGUCGAGCCAGACGUGUCAGAAGCGGCAGAUGCACCAGAAGAACCAGAGCAACAGCCAGAAGAGGAGUCCGAAGAGAGACCCAAGAAAAGGACGCGGCGUUCUCUUGACGUUCCUCAGGCUGAGGCUGUAAAGACAGCUGGUCGACCAAAGAAGACAGCAAAGGAUGCAAACACGAAGGAGACUAAGGGCAAGGGGAAAGCUUCUACGGAAGAGCCUGUGAAAGCAGCAAAGACCAAAGCAAAGGUCACCUCUCGGAAGCCAAAGCUAGCAACUAUCGAGGAAGGACACUCACCACAAGUGCAGCGCUGUCCGCCUAUGCCUAGGAACAACCGUGGACUGUUCAUUCUCCGAAGGGAAACUCCAAUGGAAGGGUCAGGUUUCCAGCAGACACGUUCCGGUCGGAACUCCAUUAAGCCAGUCGCUUAUUGGAAGAAUGAGAGAAUAGAAUACUCCGAAGAUGAAAACGAAGAUGGCGUAGGCAAAUUUCUCCUACCUAGAAUCAAGGAGGUCGUUCGUGCUGAUGAGGUGCAUCAACCAACACGCAAGAUCGCGAGAAGUAAAUCAAAGGCGCCAAAGUCGAAGAAGCAAAGCGCAGAAUCCGAAUCAGAGGAGGAGGAUAUCGAUAUGGAGCCUUGGGAACUGGAGCCUGGACGUAUUUUCGGCGAAGUCAAGAACUGGGAUCCAGAAGACCCAAGCGGAUCACAGCAAGAAGAGAUUCAAGAGGAAAUUGCACUGUCAGCUGCAGCAAUCAUCACUCGCGAUAUACCGCAUGCUUCAUUCCGCUUUGCCAAAACGCUUACUCUCCCAUUUUUCGGGUCUGGAAUGGUCGAUCUGCCUGCGCAUUCUAUGAAGAAAUCCAAGAACUCGAGGAAGAUGCAGAUGGUAUUUUUUGUUUUCUACGGCAGGGUUCAGGUCACGGUGAAUGAUAAUGUAUUCAGUAUCGGAAAGGGUGGGAUGUGGCAAGUCCCCAGAGGGAACUUUUAUAGUAUUGAGAACGAUUACGACAAACCAGCCAGGAUAUUCUUCUCGCAAGGUUGCGAAGUCGUUGAGGACAUUGGAGCGGGCGAGAGUCAAUAG